GUGAGGAGCAGCCUCUCACCCCACCACAGGGGACCAAAGGCAUGAACUGGAGGCAAGACCUGGGGGCUGUGUAGAGAGACCCACAGGCUUCUCCUUUUCCCCAGAAGAGCCCUGCCAAGAGCAACCAAGGGAGAUCCCAGCCUGGUCCAGAGCUCUGGAGACUCCUCAGACAAGCCCCAGCCUUUCCCCACGUUGCACCUUCUGCCCCCUUCCCUCACCCAUGGUCAGAACCUUCAUGGAACAAAGAAGCUGGUGCAGCUCCAGCCCCAGACAUGUCCUGCUACACCCCGUGCCGGCCCUGCCAGCCCUGCGGCCCGACCCCGCUGGCCAACAGCUGCAAUGAGCCCUGUGUCAGGCAGUGCCAGGACUCCAAUGUCUUCAUCCAGCCCUCCCCCGUGGUGGUGACCCUGCCCGGGCCCAUCCUCAGCUCCUUCCCACAGAACACCGCCGUGGGAUCCUCCACCUCCGCUGCCGUUGGCAGCAUCCUCAGCUCUCAGGGAGUGCCCAUCAACUCCGGGGGCUUUGGCCUCUCUGGCCUGGGCAGUGGCCUCUGUGGCAGGAGCUGCUUCCCCUGCUAAAGCUGCUCCCUGCUCUGGGCUCUCCCCUUGGAUCCACCUCUCUUCCCUCCCUUGACUCAUUAAAUUCUGCUGCAUCCCAGCCCACGCCUCCGUGUCAUCCU